AUGGCAGAACACCAACAAUCAAUGAGAAAGAGAAAAGGAACAACCCGAACGAUGGAGGGACGAGUCGACCCAGACGUCAUCCGCGCCCGUCUCCUAGCCGUCCUCUGCGCCACGACGGUCUGUUGUUCUGUUUUCGUGGGCGUUGUCUGGGCUGGUCAUGGAUUUCGACGGGCCGUGCGUUUUUCCCACCUCUUCCAAGUUGUUCCCUGCCACGAAGCUAACAAACGCCUCCACAAAGACACUCCUAAACGCCCUCUCACAAACCCUCCUCCUCCUCGGCUUCCCCCUACCCUCCUUCUCCCUAAACCUAAACCUGAAGCUAGAAGAGAUCCUACCGCAUUGAGUAACACCAACCCUCUUCCUCGGACCCCUCUUCUCAGGCGACCUAGGCGGUCAACUCCCGUUCCAGAGGAACUGGGUGUGGGAGAACCAUGUUACGAGGAGGUUUUGUACGCCCCAAUAACAGAAGAAAUCGUAUUCAGAGCAUGCAUCUUAUCAGUCUACCACCUCUCCGGCGCCUCAACGCUCAAAAUGAUCUUUUUGGCGCCGUUGGCUUUUGGGUUGGCACACGUCCACCACGCAUGGGACACCUACAACCGCUACGGCCGCACACCCUCCGCAGCUAAACGCGCCCUGUUCACUUCCCGUUCCUCUUCCUUUUUCCCAUUCUUCCCUCUUUUCCCUUCUCUUUUGUCCCCUCUCCUUUCCCUUGCCCUUCCUGUUUCCCUCCAUCCUCCCCUUUUCUCCCUCCCUCCUCUCCCUUUAUUCCAACUAACAUACACCUCCGUCUUCGGCUUCCACACCUCCUACCUCUUCCUCCGCAUGUCGUCCAUCCUUCCACCUAUUUCUGCACAUGUAUUUUGUAAUGUGAUGGGGGUGCCGGAUUUGGGGUGGGAGUUGGGGAGGUUUAGGGAUAGGAGGGGGGGUGAGUUUCUUUGCUUUUUGGCUUUCAAAGUUUCUGUGGUGGUGUGA